AUGAGGAUUCUUCUUCUAUUUUUAUUAUUUUCGGGAUUCUUGGCAGCAAAUGAUGUUGAUAUUCAAGUAAGUUGAUCACAUUUUCCACCCAAUUAACUCUAAUCAAUUAAAUUCUUUCAAGAAAGACGUUGAUACGGUUGACAUUGGAAAAAAUGAUGAGAAUGAAAUAAUCAAUCAUGAAGGUACUGGGAAAACUGGCGGAAGCAGCAACAAAAAGGACAUUUCAUUUUAUCACGGAUUUUUGGCGUCAUUUUCAGUGAUUGUUGUGUCGGAACUCGGUGAUAAAACAUGGUUUAUUGCUGUGAUUAUGUCGAUGAGACAUUCGAGAUUGACUGUAUUCUCAGGGGCUAUGGGAGCGUUGGCUUUGAUGACUGUUUUGUCAGGUAGGCCUGGUUUUUCGGGGGGAAAUCGUAAGGUUUUAAGAGGGAAACGUGAGUUUUCUGAAAAUCAUCCAUUUUUUCUCGAAAUCCUCAUGUUCUUUCAAAAAUUCUGGUUUUUUGCCUGGUUUUGAUGAAAUUGCAUAAUUUUUCCAAUAAAAAUCAAAUCAAAAUCAUAAUUUUUAUGACAAAAAAUGUCGCCUGAUCAAAUAACAAAAGAAAAAAUAUGAAAAAAAGAACAAAGGGGGUUAGAAAAUCAGGGAAAAUAGGGAAAAAUCAUGAAUUUCUACCAAAAACCACCUAAAAACCUGAAAAUUCACCAAUUUCCACCAAAACCCUUCUAAUUUUCAGCAUGUCUUGGAUGGGUUACUCAAGUCAUUCCACGAGCUGUUACCUAUUAUCUCUCAACAGCUCUUUUCGCACUUUUUGGUCUGAAAAUGUUGCAUGAAGGUUGGAAUAUGUCACCGAAUGAAGGACAAGAAGUUUUGGAAGAAGCACAGGCUGAUGUGGCGAAAAGAGAGAAUGAGUUGGAUGCGAGCAAAUUUGAGGUGAUGGAAGCUGGUGGAGCUGUUCCAGCGUGAGUUUUUUUGAGCGUUUUGAGAUGAAAAUCGUGGAAUUUGGAGAAUUUUGAGGGUAAAACCAUUAAUUUUUAUGAAAAAUUCGAAUUUUUAUUGCAAAAAAGACUUUUUUUUUUCUCAAUUUUCAAUAAAAAUCUGCCAAAUUUCAAUCAAAAACUCGUUUUUUUGCAGAAGUGAAACGCGAAAAAUGGUCCUCUUCACAUCUCGAAUUUUCAUCGAAGCGUUCACUUUGACAUUUGUCGCCGAAUGGGGAGAUCGAUCACAAUUAACUACGAUUAUUUUGGGAGCCAGAGAAAAUAUUGGUGAGAUCGGGGAAUUUUCAAGGGAAAAUGGAAAAUUUGAUGAAAAACCGUGAAUUUUGAGCUAAAAAUCAAGGAUUUUGGAUGAAAAUAAGCUUUCAAAAUCAAAAUUUACCAUUUUUUGCAGCUGGUGUUAUUGGUGGUGGAAUUAUCGGACAUGCCUUGUGCACCGGAAUCGCUGUGAUUGGUGGAAAAAUUGUGGCGCAAAGGAUAUCUGUUAGAACUGGUGAGUGCUUCUUGGUGGCCUAGAAAACCCAAGCUAAAAUUUCUAGUCCCCCUGAAAACUAGAGGUCUAGAAAAUCGUGUUCUCGUCCCUCAUGGCCUAGAAAACCAAACUUUCAAAUCCUAGUCCCCCUGGAAACUAGAGAAAUUCUAUAUGGUCUAGCAUCCUCUCAAUUUUGGCCUAGAAAACCAAACCUUCAAAUUCUAGUCCCCCCUGGAAACUAGAGAAAUUCUAUAUGGUUUAGCAUCCUCUCAAUUUUGGCCUAGAAAACCAAACCUUCAAAUUCUAGUCCCCCUGGAAACUAGAGAAAUUCUAUAUGGUUUAGCAUCCUCUCAAUUGUGGCCUAGAAAACCAAACCUUCAAAUUCUAGUCCCCCUGGAAACUAGAGUUCUAGGAAAUCGUGUUCUAGUCCCCCAUGGCCUAGAAAACCAAACCUUCAAAUUCUAGUCCCCCUGGAAACUAGAGAAAUUCUAUAUGGUCUAGCAUCCUCUCAAUUUUGACCUAGAAAACCAAACCUUCAAAUCCCCCCCUGGAAACUAGAGAAAUUCUAUAUGGUCUAGCAUCCUCUCAAUUUUGGCCUAGAAACCCCAACCUUCAAAUCCUAGUCCCCCUGGAAACUAGAGAAAUUCUAUAUGGUCUAGCAUCCUCUCAAUUUUGGCCUAGAAAACCAAACCUUCAAAUUCUAGUCCCCCUGGAAACUAGAGAAAUUCUAUAUGGUCUAGCAUCCUCUCAAUUUUGGCCUAGAAAACCAAACCUUCAAAUCCUAGUCCCCCUGAAAACUAGAGAAAUUCUAUAUGGUCUAGCAUCCUCUCAAUUUAGGCCUAGAAAACCAAACCUUCAAAUUCUAGUCCCCUUGAAAACUAGAGGUCUAGAAAAUCGUGUUCUAGUCCCCCAUGGCCUAGAAAACCAAACCUAGUCCCCUUCUUCAAAAAUCGGGUUUUAUUUUCCAGUCACAUUAAUUGGCGGUGUCGUUUUCCUCCUCUUCGCCCUUUCUGCUCUUUUCAUCAAUGAUAUCGAAUCAGCCGCCGAGGCGUAAGUCAUUAAUUAAUUAGCCUAAUUAAUUAAUUAAUUCCCAAUUAUUGUGAUUCAUUUUUAUGUUUUAUUUAUGUAGCAUAACCUUUUUAUUUUCUUUUUUUCUCAAAACACGUGUAUUUUCGAGACUUUUUCUAUCGCUUUGUGUUUUUUCAGAUUGUUUUAAUUAUGAAAUUACGUAGAAAUUGAAGUUUUGGCGGCUAAAAAUCCAAAAUUUUUGCGCCAAAAAAUCUAGAAUUUUCUCUAUCGCUUCUAUUUUUUAUGUGUGUUUUUUCCAGAUUUUUCAUAAAAAAAUAAAUUUUGCAGAGAUUUAUUUGGAAGUUCUUCAAAUUCCAGUCUCACCUCCUCGAAUUCCAGCUUCGAAUUGAGCGAUUUGCUGAAUUUGGAGGAAAAAGCUAGAUGGAAUUCGACGAUUAUUGAAUUCUGA